AUGUCUGCCAACGACUUCUAUGGCUCAGGGGACAGGUCUCACGUUCCCCAACAGAAUCAACAGUACAGCCAAUACGACCAAUAUGACCCAAACUCCCAAGAAGGUGAAAGGGGUAUGCUUGGUAAAACCGUCGGUGCCAUCGCUGGUGGGGUCGCCGCUCACAAGUUAUCAAAUGGGUCAUUUAUGAAGACCGCUGCCGGGGCCAUUGGUGGUGGUUACGCGUUAUCAAAAAUUGAAGACAAGUACAAGGAAAGUCACCAUCAAAAACAAAAUCAUCAAUAUACUCAAGGUGGUUAUGGUGGCCAUUACGAUAAUAAAGGUAUGAAUGACGGCCAAGGAAGGGGGUUCCAUCAUGGCGGACCUCCAGGAGGAGGUUUUGGUGGAGGUUUUGGUGGGGGCUUUGGUGGACCUCCAGGAGGACCUCCAGGAGGACCUCCAGGCGGGAGUUUUGGCGGACCUUUUGGCGGACCUCCAGGAGGAGGCUUUGGUGGACCUCCAGGCGGGAGUUUUGGCGGACCUUUUGGUGGACCUCCAGGAGGACCUCCAGGCGGGAGUUUUGGCGGACCUUUUGGCGGACCUCCAGGAGGAGGCUUUGGUGGACCCCCAAGUGGACCUUCAGGAGGAAAUUAUGGUAGACCUUUUGGCGGACCUCCAGGCGGACCUCCAGGUGGUGGGUAUUACUAA